CUGUGCGGGAAGCUUUGAUCCACUUGGGUGGUCCAGCAGUUUCAUUGACGUUUUAAUGUCGGAGAUUAUAAUUAAAAACAAGUUUUAGCUUUGCGCUACUUCAAGUUACUUUAGUUAAGCAAUGAGUAACUAAGCAAAACAAUAAAAACGAGCAUGAUUAAAAAUUCACGUUUAAAAAAAAAGGAAAACACAAGAGAGUAUCGUGGUGUCACGCCAUAAAACAUUGAAGACGAACACUGAGUUUAAAUGUUUCUUGUCGCGCGGAGGCAGCGUCGAUAUGUUCCGCUCGACCACCCACAUACCGAGGUGUCUGCGGGGCGAGGGGGCUGAAGGAGCCGCCAUUGCAGCUGCGCCUGGCCGCUGGAGCUCCGGCUGACGAGGGAGACUCGGGAUGUGGAGGCGGCUUUAAACGGCCCCGGGCGACCGGACUCUGAAGUGGAAUGGUGGCUAGGCUCGGAGAAAUGGGUCGCCUGCGGUGGAGAGAGAGUGGAGGAGCGCCGUCGAGUCGAGCCAGUCUUCAUGGUCUCCACCAGCUGCUGUCGCCAUGAACUCCAGUCGGAACUGCAGCGUCCCAGGCAAUGGCGCGGGUGUGGCGGCCCUGGAGUCGGUCUCCAUCGUCACCAUCAACCUCCUGGCGUGCCUGGGGAACCUGCUGAUCGUGGUCACCCUGUACCGCCGGCCCUAUCUGCUCACCCCCAGCAACAAGUUUGUCUUCAGCCUGACCCUCUCCAACCUGCUGCUGUCCCUGCUGGUGCUGCCCUUCGUGGCCGUCAGCUCGGCCAAGCGAGAGUGGGUGUUCGGGGUGGUGUGGUGCAACUUCACCGCCCUCCUCUAUCUGCUCAUCAGUUCGGCCAGCAUGCUGACGCUCGCCGCCAUCGCCAUCGACAGAUACUACGCCGUGCUCUACCCGAUGAUCUACCCCAUGAAGAUCACGGGGAAUCGCGCGGUGGUGGUCAUCGCCUACGUGUGGCUCCACGCGGUGGUGGGCUGCCUGCCGCCACUCUUCGGCUGGUCCUCCUUCGAGUUCGACUGCUUCAAGUGGACCUGCGUGGCCUCCUGGCACAAAGAGCCCAGCUACUCUGCCUUCUGGGUGGUGUGGUGCAUCCUGCCGCCGCUCUUCAUCAUGCUGGCUUGUUACGGCGUCAUCUUCCGGGUGGCUCGGGUCAAAGCCCGGAAGAUCCACUGCGGGACAGUGGUUGUGGCUCAGGAGGACGCGCCGCAGAGGAACGGACGCAAGAACUCCAGCACCUCCACUUCCUCCAAUGGGAGCCGGAAGAGCCUGGUGUACUCCGGGAGUCAGUGCAAGGCCUUCGUCACCAUCCUGGUGGUGAUCGGCACCUUCCUUGUGACGUGGGGGCCGUACGUGGGCGUGGUGUGUACGGAGGCCAUGUUUGGAGCGGCCAGCGUCUCCCAGGGGCUGGAGACCCUGGUGGCCUGGCUCUCCUUCUGCAGCGCCGUCUGCCACCCGCUCAUCUACGGCCUGUGGAACAAGACAGUGAGGAAGGAGAUCUUGGGCAUGUGCUUUGGAGACCGCUACUACAGGGAGUCGUUCGCGACUCGUCCCAGAACGUCACGGCUCUUCAGCAUCUCCAACAGAAUCACAGAUUUGGGAAUGUCUCCUCACCUGACGGCCAUGUUGGUGGGGGGCGGCCACGUGCUGGUGCCGGAGAGCAGCACCGGAGACACGGGCUUCAGCUUCACACAGGACUCCUGUACCGACGUCAUGCUCCUGGAGAACUUCUCCACAGACGGCUCCUCCCACCCUCAGUGUCACGGGAAUCCCGGCGGGAAGAGGAGGAGCUCCGUCACCUUCGAGGACCAGGUGGAACAUUCCAAAGCCGAAAACACGUCUUCAGUCCAGGUCCACGCUGGAGCCGACAAGUCUCUGGAGACCUUCGCCGCCUCUUUAGCCAAGUCUAUAGAGAGCGACGCCAAACUGGCGCUGUUUGGGGACCAGCCGCUUCCCACGGGACUCUUCACCUCCCGGUCCGUGUCCAGACCCAGGUACCUGGACGGCCAGAGACUCAGGCUGGAGAGCAUCGACGAAGGGAUCGUCAAAGACGACCGUGAUGAAGAGGACGAGCAGAACCGACAUGAGAAACUUCACUCAGGUUCCUGAAGGUUCCAUCGCUUCUGAAAACGUUUGGUACCACUUCACUUGGUCCGCUUUCAUUUCAUGUCACCCCAGUUGUGUUGAGUGACCACUGGGAUCAGGUGUUGUGUGGGAUGGAGGAGAAUCAGUUCAGAGGUUCUGCCAGCAGGUUCAGACUGCUUCCAAAGAGAGGGCAGCCUGAGAAGAAGCUGCUACAACCUCAAGUUAAAAAGACUUUCAAUUGCGAUUUAAGUGAAACGAUGAAGCUGCUUUUACUCCAGAAUGACAGCAUCAGCAAGUCGCUGUCCAUACAGUUCUAUCUGAAGGCAUCAGCGUCCUGAUCUUUGACUGAAGAUGCUGCUUCCACUUAUCUCGACUCUGGUACCUUUAACUAAAAGGUACAACACAGCAGAGUCACUUUCAAUAUGGUUGGAGCCACAACUGUUGAAGACCAGGUGGUUCUGAGGCUUCAAUACGCCCAGUUUCAAGCUUCAGUAUUGAUGAAGUUGACGUUAGUGUCACGGGUGGACUCUGGAACAGGUUCGCAGAUCCUGAACCAGUUAGUGUUGAGCAGUGCGCUGAUGUAUUUGUCAAAAUAAAACCAACCUAAUUUGUUUAUUUGUUCAUUUCAGGUUGGUUUCGUUUUGAAAAAUUGUUACUGAGCUGAAAAUGUUAUUUCCAACAUUCACAGGUCCUCGAGUCUCCUCUUGUGAGUCUGGGUGAAGUUGUGAAAGGUCGUCAUGUUUUUUCCAUCGUGGUCUUUAGUUUCCUUCAGCGGUACAUGUGGCUGAGCGCAGUCGCACCGUAGUCUUACCUCGCGUGUUAUUGCUCCUUUUGUAAGACGUUUAUUAUUAUUAUGACGUGUAUUAUAUAGCUUGUUUGGAAUCUAUUUUGUCAUUUCCAAAUAAAAAAAAA